CAAAAUGGAGAACCGAGGAGGAGGGAACGAAGCUCAACCUAAGCCUGACUACAUCCACAUCGCCGCUGCUGCCCGAAACUUGCUUUCCCCAUUGGCAGCAAAUGUGGAGCAAGCUGGGCAGGUGGCUGAGGUGCCAGGCCAAGUACAGGGACAGGGACAGGGACAGGCCCCACAGUCCAGCCAGGAACGCAGAACGAUUCAGGAGAACGUGCAGCAGGAGAUGUCUAAGUCUUUUCCUGCUCUCUUUAGGAAGAGCACUGGGAAGCGCAGGUUUUCAGCGACAAAACCAGCCGCAGCGUCAUCCCCAAGAGGAACAAAGAUUAAUUUCUAUUUGCUUCCAAACCUCUUGACAACCCGAACUCCACAGGGCACCGAGGAGCUUACACUCCUGAUGGCAGGCUUGGGAAAGAGGGUUAUAAUGGUUCCUGACAACAGCAACCAUUCAGAGGAAGACAACAAUGACAAUGAAGACGAAGAAGAUAAUGGUGCUGGUGCUGGGGUUGGUGCUGCUGUUGAGAAAGAUCAGGAUGAUGCUGCAUUUGUAUCCUGCAGUCAGAGCAAUGCUACAGAGAUGCCGUGUCCCAUUUGCCAGGUCAUGUACCCUGCUCAAGUCAUUGAGAUGCAUGCCAGCGGCUGCAAUGAUAUGGGAUUGGAUUUAGAUCCGACGGAAGGACCAUGUGGUGCAUCCUCACAAACUGUGCCUUCUCAGAAUCAGGCCGCAAGACCUUCCGAGUUAGACCACACAAUUGAGGAUUGGAAGACCAUACCAGACCAGGCAAAGGCUGCUCAGGUGUACAGGAAGACAGCACUUGAAAUCCACGCAUCAGGGAAGCCACUGUAUUUGCGUAUUGACAUUAGGAGCAGCCAGUUAGACCAGGAAAUGGCUUUGAUUGCUUUUUAUAAAGCAUGCAGCGCAGAGUGGGUGAAUCCUCUGCAAUGCAGACUUGAAGGUGAUCCAGCAAUCGGAGAGGGAGUGAACCGCUUCGUGUUGUCCAGAAUCAUGGAGAAGCUCAAAUAUGGUUUUAAGAUCAAUUUAGGAAAUGCUGGUGCCACGAAUCUAUUUGACGGCGAGCCGGAUCACCUUGUUCCCUCUUCCUCUGCUUUCAUUGUGGACAGUGACCUGUGCCUAAUGGCAGGCCGCAUGAUCGGUCAUUGCUUUUUAAAUGGAGGUCCUGCACUGACGGGACUAAGCCCUGCCAUUGUGCACGUCCUAUGUGGCGGCACACCUGAAACCGCCCUCAUAAAAAUUAAUGACUGCCCAGACUUGGACCUACGAGAGAAGAUCACAUUGCUUGAAGGGAGUUCUGAACUGUCAGCAGAGGAGAAGGAGAGCCUUGACACCUUGUGUCUUGCAUGGGACCUUCCAUUGAUGACCCAAAACAACCGAAGAUGGCUCUUUGAGAGGCUUCUACAUCAUGCAGUCAUUGGACGGACGAUGAAGCAAGUAAAGCAAAUAAGAAAAGGCCUAAAAGAAACCAUGGUGUGGCCCCUCAUUUGUGCGCGCCCAGAUGUUGCUCCAGAGAUUUUCCCUCGGGAGAUGAGUUCUGUGUUGACCCCAGAGUGCAUUCUCGAAUGCAUCAAGUGGCCCAAAAUGACCGGGACCGAGGACAAUGACAAUGAUGAAUGCUCUGUGUCGGAUAAGAGCUGCAUCACUGGCUACCUACGGCAGUUCAUUGAAAAUGCAUCCAGUGAUGAACUGAAGGCACUUGUGAAGUUCUGGGUUGGAUGGGAGGCUCCAACAGCUACCCUCAUAGUGGAGGUCGUAGACUCCAGCCUACCAAAAUCGUCCACAUGCUUUGAGACUCUCCGUCUUCCUGCCCGCUACAAGGACUACAUGACCUUUAAGAAAGACUUGAUUGCCUGCCUUCAAACUUCCGACACAGGGUUUGGAUUAGUGUAGUGGCAGUAUAGUGUCAUUAAAGGGGAACUAUGCAGGCCUGGUCGCUUCCCCACUGUUUUUCUGACCCUCCUUCCAGCUAUGUGCGUUUGUUUUCAAUGAAGCUGGCAAGAGGGAAAUCCAUGAAGCGGUGGAUAACGUUAUAUAUGCAAUGUUAGGAAGGGUAUAUUUGUAUAGUUUCAUUUGUCAUAAACAAGAGAUUUCAGUUUGCAGGGCGCAUUAAGGCAUGGUGCUGCUAGGAUGGAGGCACUGAUCUUGCAAGGUUGGUUUUUGGCAAAGAGGUGCUACGUAGAAGACAGAGAGCCUCUU